AUAACUGCAUCGAGGCGCCUGCGCAGACAGCUUAAGAAGCGGCGGGUGCAGCCACUCGGACCCCCCACAAGCAACCCACUCCGACCCCUCCCUCCCACACACACGCAAGAUGUCCUACAUCAACGAGCUGCCGCGCUCCGGGCGCACCGCCAGCUACGGCGCCGACGACAAGCCGCCGGCGUUUGCCGACGACAAGAGCGUGCACGAGGUCGACGUCACCGUGACCGAGGUGGACCAGGCCUUCGAGGACCUCGUCAAGGAGGAGGAGGACCACGACAUCAAGCUGCGCACGAUGAGCUGGCAGAAGACGGCCGUGCUGCUCUUCGGCGACCAGGUGUGCCUGGCCAUCAUGGCGCAGGCGUGGAGCUUCAAGGUCCUCGGCUGGAUCCCCGGCCUCAUCACGACAUUCCUCAGCGGCGCCAUCUUCUGGCUCACGAGCUACACGCUCUGGCAGUUCAUGAUGCGCAACCCCAAGGUGCGCGACAUCUGCGACAUUGGCCGCCUGCUCUUCGGCGGCUCGCGCCUCGCCUACGAGUUCACGGGCAUCAUGCUCCUUGCCAACAACUCGAUGCUUGCCGGCUUUCACGUCCUGACCGGCGCCAAGAUCCUCAACACGCUCAGCAACCACGCCAUGUGCACCGUCUACUUCUCCGUCAUCGUGACGAUUGCCUCGAUUGUGCUGAGCCUCCCGCGUACUCUACACCAUGUCUCCCAUAUGUGCACGGUCUCUGCGGCAUGUAUGUUUGUCGCUAUCGUGCUCCAGCUCGUCUUCGCCGGCAUCGAGGACCACCCGGCGUCGGGCUACGGCGGCGAGUGGCCCGAGAUGGGCGCGGCCGUCAAGACGAGCAUCUUCCCCGUCGAGGGCACCACGUGGAUCCAGUGCCUCAACGCCGUGCUCAACAUCAGCUUCCUCUGGAUCCCCCAGAUUCUCUUCCCGACGUUUAUCAACGAGAUGCGCCGCCCGCAGGACUUCCCCAAGGCCCUCGCGGCCCUUGCCGGCGCGUCGUUCUGCCUCUUCAUCGUGCCGGCCGUCGUGGGCUACGCAUACCUCGGCCAGUACGCCGAGGCGCCGGCGUUUGGCUCGCUCGAGACGCUCUACAAGAAGAUUUCCUUCGCCCCGGUUCUCGUGCCGACGAUUGUUAUCGGCGUGAUCUACUCGAACGUCUCGGCGAAGUACGUGUUCCAGCGCGUGCUGGCCAACUCGCGCCACCAGCACUCGAACACCGUCGUCGGCUGGGGCGUGUGGGGCGCCAUCGUGACGGCCUUCUGGGCGGUUGCCUUCAUCUUCGGCUCGACGAUCCCGUCGAUGGGCGACUUCCUCUCGCUGCUCGGCAGUGUCUUCGACUCGCAGUACGGCUUCAUCUUCUGGGCCAUUGCCUACUACCAGCUCUUCAAGGGCCGCUUCUUCACGAGCAAGCUGCGCACGCUCAUCACCGUUGCGCACGCCAUCAUCAUGGUCAUGGGUCUCUUCCUCCUCGGCCCCGGCGUGUACGCGGCCGUCGAGGCGAUCCGCGAGGACUACGCCGGCGCCGUGCGCCCCGCCUUUGCGUGCGCCAACCUGGCCAUCUGAGCGCGCCUUGCCUUCUUCUCCUGCCUGC